AGACACACACACACACACACACACACACACACACACACACACACACACAGCAGUGAGGAAGAGAAAAGCAGAGAUAAGCAAGGCUCCGCAGCAGCCUCCUUUCUAACUUGACACUCGCCAGACCCUGGCCAGCAUGGUUGUCCUGAAUCCAAUGACUUUGGGAAUUUAUCUUCAGCUUUUCUUCCUCUCUAUCGUGUCUCAGCCGACUUUCAUCAACAGCGUCCUCCCAAUCUCAGCAGCCCUCCCUGGCCUGGAUCAGAAGAAGCGUAGUGGCCACAAAGCAUGCUGCCUGCUGACGCCCCCUCCACCACCACUGUUCCCACCACCAUUCUUCAGAGGUGGCCGAAGUCCGCUUCUCUCCCCAGACAUGAAGAAUCUCAUCCUGGAACUGGAGACCUCGCAGUCCCCGUGCAUGCAAGGCUCACUAGGCUCCCCUGGGCCUCCCGGCCCCCAGGGUCCACCGGGGCUUCCUGGCAAGACAGGACCAAAGGGAGAAAAGGGGGAGCUUGGCCGACCAGGAAGGAAGGGUAGACCUGGCCCCCCAGGUGUUCCUGGCAUGCCUGGGCCCAUCGGUUGGCCAGGCCCUGAAGGACCCAGGGGUGAAAAAGGUGACCUGGGUAUGAUGGGCUUGCCAGGGUCAAGAGGACCAAUGGGCUCCAAGGGCUACCCUGGAUCCAGAGGGGAAAAGGGAUCCAGAGGUGAAAAGGGUGACUUGGGUCCCAAAGGAGAAAAGGGUUUCCCAGGAUUUCCUGGAAUGUUGGGGCAGAAAGGUGAAAUGGGUCCAAAAGGUGAACCUGGGAUAGCAGGACACCGAGGACCCACGGGAAGACCAGGAAAACGAGGCAAGCAGGGACAGAAAGGGGAUAGUGGAGUUAUGGGCCCACCCGGCAAGCCUGGGCCUUCUGGUCAACCUGGCCGUCCAGGCCCCCCAGGGCCCCCAGGCCCCCCAUCUGCAGGACAACUUAUAAUGGGACCCAAAGGGGAAAGAGGAUUUCCCGGGCCUCCAGGAAGAUGUCUUUGUGGACCCACUAUGAAUGUGAAUAACCCUUCCUACGGGGAAUCCGUGUAUGGGCCCAGUUCCCCGCGAGUUCCAGUGAUUUUUGUGGUCAACAACCAGGAGGAGCUUGAGAGGCUGAACACCCAAAAUGCCAUUGCCUUCCGCAGAGACCAGAGAUCUCUGUACUUCAAGGACAGCCUUGGCUGGCUCCCCAUCCAGCUGACCCCUUUCUAUCCUGUGGAUUACACUGCAGACCAGCGCGGCACCUGCGGGGAUGGGCUCCUGCAGCCCGGGGAGGAGUGUGACGAUGGUAACAGCGAUGUGGGUGACGACUGCAUCCGCUGUCACCGUGCCUACUGUGGAGAUGGUCACCGGCAUGAGGGUGUGGAGGACUGCGACGGCUCUGACUUUGGCUACCUGACGUGCGAGACCUAUCUCCCUGGGUCAUAUGGAGACCUGCGAUGCACCCAGUACUGCUACAUCGACUCCACGCCCUGCCGCUACUUCACCUGAGGGCCAUGAGGAGAAGGUGGGCUGCGCCCCACAGAACUGGCAGCAGCUUCUCCACCGUCAUCAAACUGGCCAUGUCCUGGCCCCGUCUCCAUCCACCUUUGUGUGACAAAAACAAGGACAAAUUCCUGCUACUAAGACAUGCUGUUAACUCAGUCUGACUGGAAGAAUUUAGGACCACUGCAUCCUGUCUUAAUCCAAGGUACUGGAAAACCUUCCACAUGCCCAACCUGAGACCUGUUCCCCAUCGCUACCAUCCGGCCAAACAACCGGCUACAAUGCUCUUCCUCUUCUGGAAUGUUGCUGACCCAGGCCGCGGACUUGGCUGAGCACUGUUAGACACACAUAGACCUGCAGGCUGUUUUAGUACGUUUUGAUCUCUUUGGGGAAUCUGGAGUACAGGCCUCUCCGCCCCUGACCUCCAAAACGAGCAGGCACUCUCACUCACCCUGGGCAGCUCGCUGUCGGGUCUCUCUAGGCCUAUGAACCACAAAGCAGGGAAGUGGGCACAUUCUCUCAGGGCGGCUCACAGCGUUGAACCUGCCACAGGACCCCAGCCCAGCCUGACGUGGAUGUGGCUGCCCAGGAAGAGACUUAACUGUGAAAAAGUACUGAGAACCCACCUGACCCAGGCUUGCCCCAAGCAGAGGAGAGAGAAGACGCUCCUCUUCUCAGUGUUUCCCAAAGGGAUGGCUCUUGUGGUUCAAAAUCUCCGGCACCAUCUUGACCUCUUGGCUCUCUCUGCACUUUGGCCCUGUCUCAAAAAUGUCCCUCAUGUCCAUUUCCUGUCCAGAAGACUCACAAGGACUGUGUGACCUGCACAAGGCCACACCUGGGCAGGCUGUUGCUGUCUCCUUGGUCCUUAGGCAGAUACUUCCCUGGGUCCCCCAUCUAGGGCCAGCUGCAGAGGGCUUCUCUCUAGGCAGAGCGUUCCUGGCCGGAGCUCUACCUCCUUGCCUCCUGCUGACCCCUGACAGCGUCCCAUGGCAUUUCUUUCCUGUCUGCAUAUUGCAUAGCCUUGUCCUCCUGUGUGCCUGAGCUCCUCCCUUUUCAAUAAGAUUAUUAGUCCUGCAUGUCUGUGAGCUGCCUUUCAUCACCAUUUUUCCUGAGUGGGGCUUAAUUUUAUUUUGGAAAGAUAUCUCCAAGAUGAGGUCCACCCCCACAGCAGAUCUCAAGUAGAAAUUGCCCAUUUGUUACCAGCUGGAGGGACACCCCUGGGUUUUUGUAUAAAGUUAUUUGAUGAGCCUGAGCCUUGGGGACUCAGCAGGCUGGAGCUUGGGGCCUGGUGGACCAUCACCUGGUGUCUGUAAGUGGACCCAGUCUCCCACAGGUGAUAUCAACCUGAGGGUGGCAUCUUUAGAGGCAGGCACAUGGGCAGCCCUGUUCCCUUCGCCUCUACUUCAAGGCCUGGGGAGAUGUUGUUUUCAUGCUGCUUCUACUAUCACACUGGGGUUUCCGGAUGGAAAUAAAAAAAUAAAGGCAGUUCAUUUCCCC